AAACAACAGUCAACAAUCGCCAAUAACGUGUUGAUCGUUUGUUUCAUAGACAAGCCAAACCUACCUGGUGUUUUUAUUUUUUUCUAGUUCACUUCCAGAUUGAGUGGCAUUUGAUUAUUGCCCAUCACUUCUUUUCGGUACUUCGUGAAUUACCUCUAAUUGAUAAUAUCUUGCGGAGGCUUUCAUUUUCUUUCUAUUCCUUUACCAUUCUCUCUUGUUUUUGACACCCUUACCUUCUUUGAAAAUCGCCUUGCGUCGGUCUUCACUUUUUACCGCUGGUAUCACCCGAUAAUGAAUUAAUGGUCAUUCCAACAACAUGCGUUCGAACAACUCGUCCCCCCGACGGAGGGCGCUUCACGAACGAACACCGUCUCAUACAAACGAAUGUUCCCCACCUACAUCCGUGCGGGCUGUCAGCGACAAACACCCUGAGCCAGAAGAGCAUCACAUCUAUACGUCUACUCCUUACCCGACUAAGCCAGAACAGAUUCUUCUGCCUCGACCCGGAAAAGGGCACGAAUUUGUUCCCGACUCGCGCUUUCAUUUUGAGGAAGGUCCAAGUGUAUCAACAGAGACAUACUCGACGGAUGUUAGUGGACUUGCAGACAGCAGCGUAGUUGAUCAUUCAAUUGCCGAUUGGGAUCUGUCUUCGACAUUUGAUGCCGCCAAUACGCCUCCACAGUUGUGGGAGGAUGAUCCCAGCUCAAGCAAGACUUCCUUUCCGGAGUCAGAGCUGCUCGAAGGCGAGCGCUCUGGCUUACGGGAGAAUGACGUAGCUGGUGCUACAUAUUCAGACGAAGAAUCUACUCUACCUCAAACUGGGCCAACUAUCAAGACAGUUGCCCCUGAUUCUGUCUCGCGCGAACCCUCUGGCUCAGGAAAUGCAUCGUCAAGCAACACAAGCCCUAAUGUAGUCCCUAUAGGGCCCCCGUCCAGCCCUAAUUACGUCGCUUUGGACACUUCCAGUCUCAAUUUCGUUCGCAUUGGUCCCUCGUCAAAUCAGGAUUCCGGUUCACGGUCGAACUCAGUAUCAUCGCUCAACUCGUUAGGCACCGUUAUUCGAUAUGCAGACGCUGCACCUUGGACACAUGGUUCGUCGUCUGAGCUAGGGCCCUCCCGGUCUCAGUCAUUCCGCUCCAGCCCUCCAUAUCAGGUUCCAUCGAUGAGAUCAAAUUCUACUCGGCCGAGCGUUAGGAGCCAUUCUCGUUCGGCAACUUCGUCCUCGGAAGGCGCCCCGCGCUCUGAUAUCCACCAGGUUGUUGUUGAUAGCGGUGUAUUCAUCCAGUACCCGUCUAUUAGAGCACCAUCAUCCGGUUCAAGAGUGGAAAAUGUAUCAAACUCCCCAGGGUCAUCUGAGGAUAAUCUACCGGCACCUAGUGGUGAUUAUUCCUCUGCCCGAUUUCGGUCUCAUCUCUCGACGGUGACGUCUCGUUGGUCGGCCGAGGGCGAAUCUGGCUUCGCUUCUCCCACGAACAAUAACUCGAGAAAUAUGUCAGAAGAACUCUCGCCACCCCCUGUAGCCAUGACGCGCCAAAGGCUCACAUCAUCUUCAGUAUGGCUGGUGAAUGAGUCAGAAGAUGACGAAUUCCUUGACAGUGUUGCUAGCCUACCACCGCGCCCCACAAACCCAGGUGUUCCCACUAGCCAGGCUUCAAGUUCAAGAAGCAGCAGUGUACGGAGCAAUCAGCGUCCUGGCACGAGUUCUAGCCUUGUCACAAGCAUCCUUCCGACUUGGGCUAGAAUGUAUUACACAACUGAAGAGGAACCCGGGAAUUCUACACUGGCCCUGGUAGAGGAAGGUAGUCGCCCAGCCUCAGCGAGACCGGCAACCUCCAACUCAACUGUUAUCCAGCGAUUUACUAGCGCCAUCAGUCGAUCUAGAACCUCCCAUGAGACCCAAACAAGCUCUGGCCAACAACCAGUUUCCGACCUCCGAGACCCACGAACCCAUUGGGUGAAACCUCCCGAGCCAUCUGUAACAAGGGCUGGAUCGUCUCUUCACAGACUGCGACCUAGCUGGUCGCCCCAUCUAUUCCCCGACAGGCGUAUUGUAGCGCCGAAGUCAAGUGCUUGGCGUGCACCAUCUCUUGACUCUCGGACUGAGCCCAUUCUUGGGCGGCGUAAUAUUCAAGUUUGGUCCUUUUGCUUGGGCUUUAUAUGUCCACUCAUCUGGCUCAUCGCUUCGUUCUUACCGCUUCCGAAAAAGCCCGAAAUGGUGAUGGAGGAGAAUCGUGGUCCUGACCUGGAGGAGACGCUCAAGACGCGACUCUACGACCUUGAGCGAAGGCGGUACCUAAAUGCUCGAUGGUGGAGAAACCUCAAUCGAUGGAUGAAUCCCCUAGGGUUGGUGAUCGUUGCUAUUAUUAUAACUCUCGCUGUUGUGGGCUCUACAGUAGGCUUCUAAGAUGCUCGUGUAACCCCGCCCAACUCCGUUGAACCGCCUUACACGACCUUAUUCUUUCAUUCUUUUCGCAGGCAAUGCCUCGCCUCUCCGUCCCCUCACAGACCCAUCUGGUCUGGUUUCCGAGUCCACAAUUCAACUGCCUCAUAGGCACGGUGGACUCUGUUGUGACGUUCUCUUCUUUUGACAUUCGCUAUUAUACCCUUCUUCGCUGUCGCGUAUUCCCCUCUUAUUCCCCCUUAUUUCGACUGCAUUUUCGCUUCUUGUUCACAAAAUUACUCGACACGACUGCAUGAUGUGAUGCACAUAAUGUUUUAUACUCAUUCUCUUCCAGCCCGGCGUUUUUGCUUAUGCUCCUCUUUCCCUCCUAUGGGAGAGUGCUCC